GUGAUAUCAUAACACUGCAAUAUGAAGAGGCGCUGAUAUGACCGACACCCGUCUCCAUCCCUGGGCUGGACACAGGUGCUGUAACUGGGGCAAAAGGAAGGCAUGAGGAAUAAAAGGAGGAGGAAGGAUGCCAGCUGAGCCCCUCAUCCAUCUGCAACUGCCACCGCUGCCAGCAUCAGACUAAAGGAACACAGAAAAUGGCUCAGUCUGUGAGGAGGCCCGAGACUCUCGGAGCCAUGGACCACGAGCCCCAGAGGGACAAGACCAGGACCAGCUACUUUGGCAACGUCAAGACCAGGCUUGGCUCCAAGCUCCCGCCUGGCGUCUCUCAGCCUCCACAGUUCGCGAAGCGGCCCUGGGAGACUCAGCCUCAGGCACGAGUGAUGCCUGAGCCCGCGGCCAGCAUCCAGCGUCAGAACCAACCCGUCGUGGGCCGGCCUCUCAACCACAUCCCCCACAUCAGGAACCCCAAACUGCGGCAGUACUACCUGCGAGGGACUUCAUGGGACCUAAACAAUGCCGCAGUGAAGCAAGAGCACAUGGGCGGACCGUCAGGUGACAGCGCAAGCAGCGGGGGUCUGCCGGGGGGCACGGUGUUCAGCGUCUCAUCUCAGUUCAGCUGCAUCAGUGCGUCCUCAGCAGGAGAGGGCAAAAUGUGUCACCGUCCCACCCACUCCUCUUUGAAUUUACCCUCCUCGUCUGCUGCCCUCAUCCCCAGAGAGCAGCUGGUCGUCCCGAAGGGGAAGAACGAUUCCACCGGUCAAGGAUUGCCUCAGCCAGGACUGGACUCUGACUCGGAUCCUAACCCGAAACGAGAGGAAGAGACGGAUCCAGACUCUUUGGAUACACUCGCUGCUCAGCCUCAGUCCCCCUCACCAGAGGCAGAAUAUGACAAACUGCUGGAUGUGGAGGCGGUGCCGAUGCCUGAUGGACAGCUCUGCUUAUUGGCUCUGCCACCAGAGUGCUGUCAGGGGGAGGGGCCAGAGGCCAUGCAGUACCUCAAGCUGUUCUGUCGCUACAUCACAGACCGUAAGGGUGUGGUUUCAGGUAUCCUGCUGGUGACUUCGAAUAAGAUCUUCUUCGACCCGUGCAAGACUCACCCUCUGGUGAAGGAGCAUGGCUGCGAGGAGUACCUCCUGUCCUGCUCUGUCGACAGUCUGGCGUCUGUCUCCUUCUUCUCUGACAUCUCACACGUUCACUUCAGCACGUCCCAGCAGAGGAAAAAGGGAAAGAAAAUCUUCCAGAAGUUGAAAAGCACCAAAAGGCGAGCAGGCGGCUGCCCAAACCAAAAGGGGGAGUCAGGCCCGGCUCUGGAGUCUGUGGCUCCAUCAGAGCUGUCCAGGCUGGCUCUGAGCCUGACCAAAGAGGUUUCUGGAGAGGAAGAGGAGGCAGAGAGCAGAGACAUGGCGGAGGCUGAGGGGGAACUUGACAGCAGCCAGCUGGAGGUGCUGUCGGAGGCGCCUGUAGGCGUCCUGGGUGCGGCGGUCCUGACCAGCGCUGCCACCUUCUGCUGUGGAGGUCAAGAGGCAGCAAGUAAGCUGCAGCUCUCUGAUGAGACGGAGAAGUCCUCCAUGAAGAGUCAGACUGCAGUGCCUCGGAGGUCCUCAGCUGGGAGUCCUGGGAGUCUGAUGUUCGUGCGGCUGCGGGUUCAGCCGUCUUCAGGAAAGAAAAAGGCCGUGGGAGGCCUUCAGCUGGGGGCGGCCAAAACCUUAACCAGAAAGGAUGCCUGGCUUGCCCUUUCACAAGACAGCUCUGACGAGCUCUAUGCCUACCUUACACACUGUCGGCCAGACUUGCGUAUCCUUGAGGGAGGGGAGGAGGAGGGAGAGGCGGACCGUGACGAAGAGGAGUUUGUGCUCAUUGAGGACAAAGAGGAAGAGGAGGAGGAGGGUGAAGAGGUGUUCCAGAGGCACCGCAGCUCAGGGGACGACUGGGAGAUGGUGUUGAUGGAAGAGAGCGGGGACAAGCCGACCCCGGUCGCUGACAGGGACCCUGAAGGACUCAGUAAUAUUGUCGAGAGCAGCCACAUUUUAGAAGCUUCACACGUCAGAGAGCUAUGUAAGGAGCUGCCUCCCAGGACAGUCGGCCACACCUGGCAGCUGGCUUACAGCACGUCCCGUCACGGCGCCAGCCUCAAGUCCCUGUACAGAAAACUCAGUGGCACAGACUCCCCUGUGCUCGUUGUCAUCAAGGAUGCUCUUGAUGAGAUAUUCGGGGGCUUCCUCUCCCACCCUCUGAGGCUCAGUGAGACUUUCUACGGCACAGGAGAAACCUUCCUCUUCAUGCUGCAUCCUCGCUUCAAGUGCUUCAGAUGGACCGGAGAGAACUCCUUUUUUAUUAAAGGAGACUUGGACUCCUUUGCCAUUGGUGGAGGCAGUGGUCACUUUGGUCUGUGGGUGGAUGAGAAUUUGUACCUGGGUCGCAGCAGCCCCUGCUACACCUUCAAUAACUGCUGCCUCUCGGAAACCGACGACUUCCGAGUCAUGGAGCUGGAGGUGUGGACGUUCGGCUGAAGAGACAGAGCGGCCGAAGAGUUUCUCUUUGACUCUCCUCGUCCCCGCUGAUCAGCUUAAUCAAGACGGCAUUUACCACUGAACAAAAACAAGUAACAUUCAUUUCAUGGUCGCGUCCAUGUAAAAAAAAAACAAAAAAAACACAAACUGCUGGAUUUCUCCGUGUGAUUCAGUGCUGUGGAUUGUCGUGAACUGGAAUGAACUGAACAGGGCUGAUCUGGAGCGGUGGACUGUUUCAUGGUUGACUCAUUCCUGCGGCUUUGGCAACAAGACUGAGUUCUACUGAACCGCGUGGAGCUGAACUGUUGGAUUCUCUGAGUCCUCAUUCUUGAAUGGAGUGAGCUACAAGUCCUAGAGACUGCACUUUGUUCUCAAUGUGAAUCAGUAACUUCAUGAUAUCUCAUCCUUUCUCAUGUGUAUAUGAUGAAACGCCUCAUCAGAGGUAAUGCAUGCCCCCACUUUUAUAUAGCUGCGUUCAGUUAAUGCUGGAAGUUUGAAACACACGUUCGUCUUCUUAUGAUCAGAUUCCUCUGUUGAAAAGUGCACGUGCAAAGCUCCAUUCAUCAGGCGGCAAUCAUUUUUAUGGGUUUUUAUCAAUUAGUGACGCAGACGGCAGAUAUUAACACCGAAAAUAAUCCCUCUAGACCACUCGAAGCUUCCCAAUUGAAGAACAUCUGCACUUGCAAUGGAGUCUCAUUCACGACUGUUCCGAACUCUCUUCAUUACACUCUUGCAAUCUGAUCAUGAAAGAAAAAGCUUGAGAAGUACUUGCGAUUAACGCAGUCAUUCAAACGUGCCCUGAGCGCGCUCUCACUCCGGCGGCCUCGUCUACUUUGCUUACCUUGUACAGUAUUGUAGAUUAGUUGAUAAAAAUCAGCACAAAGUAAACAUUUAAAAAGAAAAACUCUGUGUGAUUGUUAAACAGCGCAGUGUGUGCCAGGUGUUGUCAAAAAAAAGAUCGCAAGUCAAUUUGUACAAAAAGGGUUUUAUUUCACCUUUAUGAAAAACAUGGCACUCGUAGCUGACAGAAUAACAGUGUUUUCCCCCUAAAGGCUCCAAAUGUCAGAUGCUUCACGUGGAGUGGACUUCUCUUUACACUUUUACAAAGUCACACGUCAACUUAUUGUUCCUCCUCAUUUAUCAAAUUUCACUGUUACCGUUUAAAAUUAGUGUUCUUGAUCCCUGUGUUCUUCAUCAAGAGGCCCUGAAGAGGAAACGUUUCUUUUUGUCUCACUGGAAAAAGUUAAAAUGAGAGAUAUUGUGAAAAUGCACUAACAUUAGGUCCAGGGUUUCAUCUUUUUUUUCCUCUCGUCCAGAAGAAAACACAUUAUUUUGACAGGAGCCUAAAGAGGACAACAAUAGUCCACUGUAUCACGUGCCUCUCACUUCAAGAAUCCAACAGUUUUGCAAACACGUGACCAUUUGGUUACAUAAUAACACAUAAUGCAUAAAUACGAACCAAGUGGCAAGCAACCUAUUAGAUUUCCAUAUGGUCUUUGGUGUGGUCACGUUGUCUGAAAAACAGAAAAUCUGCAACAUUUUAAACAUUUGGUUUCAAACUCAUAAUACGCGAGAAUAACUGAAAUAAUCAUUUUAUGUGCCACGGUCCAGUUUGGCCUCCCCUGCUGCUUUCGUCCCCCGAGUCGGAGGAGGGCGUUCCCUCCAGCAGCUUCAGCAAUGACAUCAGGCGUCGCCCAGCCCAGAGGGAGCUUUAAGGCGACGUCUUCACAAACUGCUGAAACGCUGCUGGAAAGGCAACGGCUGCACCGGCUCCGUCUCUGGGUGCGCUCAGCAGCACGGGGACCCACUCGUUAGAUAUUGCACAUGCAACACCGGGGAACAAAAGAAGCACUGCGGCAUGUUUCCUGCGCUAUGGUGCAUGUAGGAUUCGGCUUCUGUCUACACGGUAUCACGCGGUACAAGCAGAGAGAGCAGAUCUAAAUGUGUUUACACGUUUGUUACUGCUGAGUGUGCAAAGCAUUCGUGCCUCAUUAAAAUACACUAGAUAGAGAGAAACAGUGGGUUUGAGAGGCAAUAUUUCCCUGUUGUUCAUUUCUACGGACGUUUUGUCGCAAUACAAACGGUUUAGAAAACUUUCUGACCAAGAGACAGACGCCCAAAUAAAUAGUAGCAAAGAGGAUAGAAGGCAAAAAACGUUUUUCAGCUGCCAACACUGAUGAGAAAGCGUCUCUACAUAAUUGUUGGAGGGUUUUUUUCCUUAUCUUGGAUCCCAGAGGAAUGACUCAUUUCCUCCACACACAAAUUACUGUGCCAGGUACUCCUUGGCUUUCUCCAACCCCUCCUUCAGGAAGCUGAUAUAAGUGGAUGUGGAAGGGUCCUCAAACCCCCCAGAGAAGCUGAAUGUUGCCCCUUCCUCCUCUGGUUUCAUGGCCGUCUGGUCCAGGAAGAAGUUGGCAUUGAUGUGGUGGACCUAAAGCCAAACACAGGAGGCAAAUGAAAGACCAGUGGGACUUUUCUCCUCUGCAGCACGUGGUUUCCUGGAUGUUACAUAAAACGUAGGCUGAUAAAAUACUUACGAUAGUCCCAUUAGGGAGCGCCACCAUCAUCUCCACAGGAAAGUUGUACUUCUCCAGGUGUAAUCGAGCCUUUUCACUCAACGCACGGUUCUGCUCAUCAGCCUGUUUCAGAGAAGAAACGUUCAGUACAGCACACGUAAGAUCUGGAAAUCAUUCAAGUAAAUGGACUACGAAGCAUUUUUUCAGUCAACUGAUCACUGGCUGAAUUUCCUGGAGCGUUGAACUGCUUACCUGCAUGUUCUCCAGCUCUCUGACCAGAGACCAGCUGCUUAUGAAGCUCUGGUUGAGCAGGGCCAGGACGGGCGAACUUUCCAGGACUGUCUCCCGGAGAGUUCGCCCCGAACCUGCAGAGGUGGACAAAAGACAGAGAUGCUGAAAAAUACACCAUCAUACACCAUUCAACCAUUCAAAACAGUUGAUUUCAGGACUGGGUGGUUUUGCUUUUGAAGUGAGACAGAACUUUUUCUUGUCACCUUGGCAACAAGUGAUAGUAAUGGAAAGAAACCACAACUACAAUUUCAAAAAAAGGUUGGGACACUGUGUGAAACAUAAAUACAAGUUGCGAUAAUUUUGCAAACAAACUGUGUUCAACACUUUUACAAAGUGUUCCUGAGCCCACGUAGUAACAUCCUUUAUCCAAC